ACUGAACUGCCUUCAAUUUUACCCACAACUCGAAAACAUAAUCCAAUAAUUCAAUAUGAAUAUUGAAUCAUCUUUCUGCCCUAUUUUGUGCAUAUGCAUGAUUUUCCUCUGCCUUCCAAACCUCUCUGCAUCACAAAGAUGCAACAACAACGACAAGCAAGCUUUACUCCAAAUCAAAACAGCCUUGAAAAACCCCACCAUUACAGACUCAUGGGUGUCAGACGACGAUUGUUGUGGUUGGGACCUAGUCGAAUGUGACGAAACCAGCAACCGCAUAAUUUCCCUCAUAAUUCAAGACGACGAAGCUCUCACCGGCCAAAUCCCACCUCAGGUGGGAGACCUACCAUACCUCCAAGCCUUAUGGUUCCGUAAACUCCCCAAUCUUUUCGGAAAAAUCCCAGAAGAAAUUUCUGCACUCAAAGACCUAAAAUCCCUCAGACUCAGCUCGACCAGUCUCAGUGGCCCUGUCCCUUUAUUCUUCCCUCAGCUUACGAAACUAACUUGUUUAGACUUAUCGUUUAACAAACUUUUGGGUGUAAUCCCUCCUCAGCUUUCCACUCUUCCGAACCUUAAAGCCCUGCACUUAGAACGUAACGAACUCACCGGUGAAAUCCCCGAUAUCUUUGGGAAUUUUGCUGGAUCCCCGGACAUAUAUCUUUCGCAUAACCAGCUCACCGGGUUUGUUCCCAAAACUUUUGCUAGAGCAGAUCCAAUUAGGCUCGACUUCUCAGGGAACAGACUAGAAGGUGAUAUUUCAUUCUUGUUUGGGCCUAAAAAACGCUUGGAAAUGCUAGAUUUUUCAGGAAACGUGCUUAGUUUCAAUUUCUCCAGGGUGCAGGAGUUUCCACCCUCUUUGACAUACUUAGACUUGAACCAUAACCAGAUCAGCGGAAGUCUGUCGAGUGAAUUGGCUAAAUUGGACCUGCAGACAUUUAACGUCAGUGAUAAUAAUCUCUGCGGCAAGAUUCCAACAGGGGGAAACCUCCAGAGAUUCGACCGUACGGCCUAUCUCCACAACAGUUGCUUGUGUGGUGCUCCAUUGCCAGAAUGCUAGUUACCAUGCAAAAUGUGCCUUAAGGUUAUCUUUGUAAUGAGAUAUAUUAUGCAGCUCAAGCAGAGCAAUAAGUUUUCCUAAUUUUGUUAUAGUAAGAUAUUAUUGUAUUUCACAGAAAGUGUCUACUAGGAUUCGUAAUAUAUUAUAAUUGCUCAUAAUUGUAUCUGUUUAAUCUGUAAUCCAAAAACCUUUAUGUAUUGGUUUGACA